AUGGACCGCGACUCUUCCGCCUUCAAGCAUUGGCAUAAUUCUUCAAAUGGCAAUGUUGCGAAAGAAGCCUCGGGAACAUUUGAACAGGACCAAAUAUGGGUGGAUAUAGUUCAACCUUAUAAAUUUAUCGAUGAAACCAGUGUAGUUGCUGCUGAAUAUCUGACAUGCGUCAGCGGGAACAAUGAUUGGAUUGCGGAUCCAGACCAUGGAGGGCAAGGGCAACAUCGAAUGCAAUACGACCCCGUCCAUAGCACCGAGGGGAACAAAGUCGAUUCGUCUAUUCAAACAACCUUGGCACCACAGGUUUCAGAGCUAUCAGCGGAUGCUCAGAACAUGCGCGGGGUAGACAGACGAGACAUCUUGACAUCACCAAGCAAUCUAAAUUUUGCCCCGUCAGUGGGCUACCCAGCCACAUUUGAAGCCGAGGGUCUUGAAGACCUCAAUUGCCAGGUCCAUUUUCCUGAAAUUUCCGGUGUAUUGGAUGAUGCUUCGGGCAACCAACACAUCAAUAAUCCUAAUUCAUGGGUCGCCAUCACCCAAAGAGAGGGUGCUGCUGGUCGGGCUUUGCUUUCUAUGAGAAAUCGUAGCCUGAGUACUUGGAAACUAGAUCCCGGUCCGCUAAUUCGCCUUCGUCAUUCGACUGCUCUCCAAGGUGCCGCAAUCCUGCGUAUCUCAAAGGAGGAAACGGACCUGCUUCGUCAAUUUAGCACUGAAGUGGGAACUUGGAUGGACCUAUCUGACUUGUCUGAAACAUUUUCCAAGAAAGUCUGCCGAUUAGCCGUUCACGAUCCAUUGCUCAAAUCAGCGAGUAUUGCAUGUGCUACUAAGCAACAGUAUCUAGUCGGAAAGCUGGAAGAUGGCAUGGAAAUCGCCCAAAAGAACUACGACGUCGCUAUCUCACUUCUCAUCAAUCGACUCUGGGACUCGGACGAGCAACUUGCUGAGUACGGCUUUGCAGCCAUUGUUAUCUGCUCAUGCUAUGAAAUGUUAGAUGCCCCUACGGCCAAUUGGCAGAGACAUCUGGACGGUGUUUUCUCCUUCGGCAGGGUGCAAAAAGUAAAUGGAUCAUCUGGAGGCAUUGCACAAGCAGCAUUCUGGUCCAUCGCGCGGCAGGAAGUAGUUUGUGCUCUAAUCAGUCGGUCAAAGCUGCGGCUUGAUCCAGACCAUUGGGCCGUUGAUCUUGAAAAUAUUGGGCAGGAAGGGAGGGAGGAUUUAGUAAACAACCAUUACAAAAGCAUUCUGACGAAGGAAAGAAUUCUUACCAUUCUCGCCAAAGUCGUGGACCUGAUGGCUUCUUCUCAAUUACACACUUUAAGUAAGAUGAUCGAUGAAUGGCAUAAACUUCGGGUCCAGCUUGAACAUUGGCAGAAUUGCGUAAAGGACAAGGGGUUCAUGGAUCCUGUUUCUGUUCUUGACGAGGAGGAUAGCGUGUUCCAAUCUAUUUGGUUUACACGGGGUGUUUGUGGUCAGCUUUCUCCCAUACCAUGA